GGCCUCACAAAUGAAAAAACCUUAUAUUUGGUUCUCUACUCACAGACAUUUGAGGGAGGACCAGGAGCAUGAUGGGUUUAAGAAAUACAGGAGGUCCACAGAAAAAAGUCUUCUAAGAAGUCAUCAGUCAUGUCUUUCCAGUCAGUUGGUCAGCAGCCUUUUCAUCUCAUCUUGUUUUCUCAUUCCAUUGUGCCCACCAUCCAGAAAAAAGGGGACCUCUAGAUGCUACUUUCUAUCUUAGGGGAGCCCAAUGAAUAUAUUGAGUAUUUAACAGUCCAUCAGAAUGAUGAGAUCUAUAGAGUUGUAGCAAUUCAAAGGAGGAAGGUAGAUUUCAAAUGCACUGAAAAUCAGUAUUAUUCCAAAUUUAAAGCCCUCAAGGCAGCUUUCCCUCAAGGUAUUUGAUACCAGUGCCAGAAGUGGUGGACUCCCCCACCACAUUGCCUUUUACAACACUCUAGACCAUUUGUCUACACACCCUUCUCCAUGGACCCUGAAUACUUGAAGGACAAUGUUGUGCAGCUCAGACACAGAGACCAGAGCCUAAGAGAUUUGGACACCCUCAUGGAAGAAGAAGCCAGAGUCCAGGAGGUCCCACAGGAUCUCACCAUACGACAGCACCCAACAUGGUGGGAAGCAGAAGAGACUGAUGUCAGCCACCUCCCCAUCAAGACAGAAAAUGAUGAGGAGCCUGUGGAUCAGACUCCAGGCUGUUCUCAAGAUUUCGCUUGUAAUACAUCUUGCAGCUUCCUCAAGGAAGAAGAUGUGCCUCUGAGCCCCUCUAUGGCCACAGCAGGCAUUUCCUGUAAAGCAGAGCCUGAAAAUGAUACUUGCCAGCCCCCCAGUUUUUUGCCCUUUACCUCUUCUAAGGCUGAUGGGGAUGGACCUUUGCCCAACCAACCUCCUCCUCGGCGAAUCAGGCAGAGGCGACGGUCACUAGCCAAUACUAUCUCUGCUGAAAUGGCCAGGAACAGGAGAUUAACAUGGGACCUAGCCAGACGAUCAGAGGCACAUCUGGACAGGUUAAUUGCCAUUGGGGAGCGGGCUAAUGCUCAACGUGAGGUUGACAAUGUUCUCCGCAGAGAAUCAGUGCUAGCAGUAAACCAAUUGGCUACAACUGUGGAGGGGGCAAUAAGUGCCCUGCACCAAUUCAAUGAACUCCUGGACCAUUCUCUAAACCCUGGAAAAUCCUAACUAGCAUCUGGAAAAACUGCUUUUCCACUGUCCUAGGCCUUUGCCAGUCCUGGACAUUGUGGUGGGAGGGACCUGAGACCAACAGGAAAGGUAAGGUUCUACCCUCCUGGGAGAGCAGCAUGGUUGGGAUCUUCACCAAACGAUUGUAGAAUAGGUGUUUUGUGGUUUACUCUGUUACACGUUUUGGUGUUCAUUCAUUGUCGGUCUCAAUUUUAGAUAAAUAAAAUUUUGUUUCUA